CAUUAUUUUAUGCUAUAUAACUCAAGGAUCCUUCUUCACAAUUUUCUCACACCAAACCCAAACACAAUAUUGUUCACCAUUUUCUCACACCAAACUUAAACACAAGAAUGAACCCCUUCAAUUUCUCUCGUUCAAGUUCCUCUAGUUCCUCUAGUUCUGAUGAAAGAAGAUCAUCACGAGCAAUAAUUGAUCAAGAAAUAGAUGAUUUCUUGACCAAUAUUGUUCACCCACUUGCUCCAACUCUUAUAUCAAAUGUAACUCCAACACCAAGGAAUAGAAGAGCAAAAGUGACUGAUGAUAAUGAAGCAGGUCAUUCACGUCCUAAUCGAGGCAGGGUGGAAGGUCAUAGAAGAUUGUUCAAUGAUUACUUUGCUGAUCAACCAGUCUAUCCAGCUCGUUUAUUUCGUCGAAGAUUUCGAAUGCAGCGACAUGUCUUUGUUCGGAUUAUGGAUAAUGUCAUUGCAAGUGAUGAAUGGUUCACUCAAAAAAGAGAUGCUACGGGUCAGUUAGGUUUAUCGCCCCUACAAAAGUGUACAGCGGCUAUUCGAAUGCUUGCCUACGGGGUAGCGGCGGAUUCGCUUGACGAGUAUGUGCGAAUUAGUGAAAGUACAACUCGAAUAGCAUUGAUGAAAUUUACGAAGGGGGUCAUCAAGAAAUUUGGUGCGGAGUACUUGAGACGGCCUACUCCAGACGAUUUGGCUAGACUACUCAGAUUCGGUGAAGAUCGUGGAUUUCCGGGCAUGGUUGGUAGCAUAGAUUGUAUGCAUUGGGAAUGGAAAAAUUGUCCGACUGCAUGGAAAGAACAAUUUCAAGGAAGAGGUGGUGUUGCUACUUUAGUUCUUGAAGCUGUUGCUGAUCGUGACUUAUGGAUAUGGCAUUCUUUCUUCGGGAUCCCAGGUUCGUGCAAUGACCUAAAUGUUCUUCACCGAUCUCCUGUGUUUAGGGAUGUUUUAGAAGGUCGAGCACCCCCCGUGCAGUUUACGGUGAAUGGUAAUCAAUAUGAUAAGGGUUAUUAUCUCACUGAUUGUAUAUAUCCGAAUUGGGCAACAUUCAUUCAAUCAGUUACAUGUCCUCAUACUCUCAAGGACAAGUUAUUUGCUCAACACCAAGAAGGAGCUCGAAAAGAUGUAGAGAGAGCAUUUGGGGUGCUGCAAUCUCGGUUUGCUAUUGUUCGUAAACCAUCCCUCGCAUGGGAUGAGGAAAUUCUCAAUGACAUCAUGUUGUCUUGCAUUAUCAUGCACAACAUGAUUGUGGAAGAUGAACGAGAUACAUAUGCACACUACGCAGAUACUACCGUAUUCAAUACCAACACAAGUAAUAAUGGGGACGAAUUUGAAUAUUAUCAUGAUCGGAUCGUAGAUAUCAACCAGUACAUGGCCAAUCGAGAUGCAAUUGAAGAUCAACAUGUGCAUCAUUCCUUGAAACGUGAUUUGGUUGCUAAUAUAUGGCAGAAAUUUGGUGGGAAUUCUAAUUAAGAGCAUUUUAUGUAUUUCUUUCUUAAUUAAGUUUUAUGUUUUUCGUUUUUAGUUAAGUUUUACGUACUUUUUUUCUUAAUUAAGUUUGUAAUUGUCGCACCAAUGUAGCAUUUUAUGUAUUUCGUUCUUAAAAUUAUAUUACAAAUGCUAAUUGUGUCUCAUAUCAUUAAAAACGCUAACUAAUUUCGUAUUUAAUUACUUAAUGAAAACGCUAACUACAUAUGCUACGUAUUAAUAAAAGCUAAUUAUGCAGAUAACUUAAUUAUUAAAAUGAUAAUUAUAAUUUUAAAUUUAUUAAUUAUUUUAAUUAAUAAUAAAUUAUUUUAAAUUUAUUAAUUAAAUUAAUUAAUAAUGAAACGCUAACUAA